AAAAAUUAGUCCGAAGGCUCAAAGAAACCGUUCCCGUAGCUAACAACAAAGGCGUGGAACCCAAAACCAAAAAGAAUUCUCUCCCUUCCUCCUCCUCUUUCCCUUCCCUUUUGAUACCUUUUCUUUUUGAUAAAACCUUUUCAACUUUCUUUUCCUCCAAAGCUUGAGCGGUGGAAGAACAAAAACAGAGCGAUGGAGAUCUCCGCCGCGAUCUCCGACGCCAUCUCGCUGGCUGCCACCCACGGCCUCGCCUUCUCCACCAAACUCCUCCUCGCCCGCCCGUCCCCGACCCUCGCCCUCUCCGCCGCUCCCCCCACCGCCGUCCGCUCCGACUUCUACCGCCCCGCCGCCCCCCGCGCCCUCGUCCGCCGCCCCCGCCGCACCCGCCGCCGCUCCCUCACCGAUGGCGACGGCGGCGAAGAGGACGCCUUCUCCGGCGACGGGGACGGAGACGACGGCCCCUUCGGCGGCGGAGGGGGCGGUGGUAGGGGUUGGAAUUUUGGCGGUGGGAGUAACUGGUCGGGGUCGGAUUGGGAUGGAUCGGAGUCUCCCUCCUUUUCUUCGUCGGAUCCGGCGUUUGAUUUCAUCUACGAGAUCGUGUGCUGGAUCGCCCUCUCCAACUGCACCCACUUUGCUUGGAAGAAGCUGGGGCGGCUUCUGGCGGAGAGAGGAAAGGUGAUUUCUUUCCGAUUGCUGCCGUUCAUGUGCUGAUUGGGGAUCGAGAAUCAAAAAGGUGGCAAUUUGAUGGCUUGGUGCUCUCCUUCCCCACCCGCCCUCUAUCCGUUGAUGUAAAUAUCCGUACAUUUUCUUAUAAAUUUUCUUUUUAUUCAUUUAAGUCCGCAAUUACUUUACUUAUCACCUAUAUUUCUAUGUACUAGUUUAUGAUCAAUGGAUUUUUUUUUUUCCUCUUUUAACAAAUUAUCUGAUCCGAGGCUCUCAUGUUGUUCCUAUUGUACACAUCUCUCGCUUCCUUGUGCAUGAAUGAUUAGUGAAUUAUGGAUGUGGUGAA